UCCGAAAAUCAUUCUUUGCUUAAGGCUCGUCGUGAAAAAGGAAUCAAUAACAGAAAACUUUUCAGAUUUUGUUUUGCGACUGUCAAUGUGCGAGCGAGGGAUAUCAGAUGCUACAUGAGGUUUCGGUUCAACUUUGGACCGCUUUCCCAGCCGUAUAGAAGUUGUUUUUAAGAGUUCGUUUAAAUUGGAGGGGGGGAACAAAAAGACAGCAAAAAAAAUAAUCCUACUUCGAUUUGGAUUUCAAAACAUCUAAGUGAUAUAAUAUCAACUCUAGUCUACACCAGUCUAGAUAUGUCAUGCAAUCUUUAUUCGUUGAUGUUUCUGACAUGCGCAAUAGCGUCCUGCGGAGCAAUUUGCAAAAAGAUGGCGAUUUUUGACAAAAAUCAAAAAGGUCGAGCACUGAGUGGUCACGUGAUAUCAAGCCAUGACGUCACUUCCCGUUUCGACUGUGCAUUCAAAUGUCUUGAAACUGGUGGUUGUAAGUCGUACAAUUACCAAGAAACAGGUUCUCCACUCCACGUAUGUGAGCUUAGUAACCACACAAAGACCUCCGCGUCAUCUGAUUACCUCAUCAAACCAGGCUUUACGUACUAUGACGCUGAGCAGUUCGUUUUACCCGUGUGCGCUUCUUCUCCUUGUCAAAAUGGCGGCACGUGUGGUAUCGAUGAAUGUACUGAUUCUUACGAGUGUCUGUGUAAACCUGGAUACAUUGGUCAAUACUGUGAGACCUGGAYCGGUAUUGGUUCAUCGUCAAGUAAACCAGGCCAUUCAUGUCAGAACAUCAAAAACACUGCACAAGACACUGGAGAUGGUAGAUACUGGAUUAACCCAGACAACACAGGAACCCCAUUCACUGUGUACUGUGACAUGACCACUGACGGAGGCGGGUUGACGCUGAUCAAAAACUUGACUCUGACGGGCCCACCCCUUUCUGGCUUUGCCCGUUGUACCAACUAUCGGCAGAUAUCUAAUCUGAGUCUAUAUGAAUUCGUCACACAACCUGCACUUCUGCAACUGAAACAAGAGAUGGGGUUCACACAGUUACGGUACUACUGUCGUAAAGCAUCUGUUGGCAGAGUAUUUCACAUUAUGACGGUUCAUGAUUGAGGAUGCUUCUUCGCCUGCAACUGCUUGUAACUCAUUUAUUCGUCUUCCUGAUGACCAAUCGCUGCUGGCCGCCAACUGUGCCAAGUGGGGCUUCCAAAACGGAGGGACCAAUACCGAUACGUGGGGACACUCGUCAUCUACAGGUCCGUUGAGGCCGUACAAUAAAGUUGCAUUCUGGUCAGGUACACAUGUUAAUACAAUUAUUAGCGGGGAACACAAAUGCGAUGAUAAUGUGUCUGGUGGACAAGCUGGUGACGCUUGGAAGAUGUUUGUACGUUAAGUUCAAGAUAAUCCGCCUGCUGACGAUAGAUUUAACGUUACUAGUGUUUGAUAAAGUUCAGCCCAAUCCCGCGUCAGAUGCAUCGUUUCCUCCAUAAACUGAAUCUUUUAAUGCACCAAAUAACAUGAGGUUGAACUAUGCUUAGAAUUUACGGGUUAAAUAAUAGAUAUUUUCUAGUAUUUAAAAGCACCAAUAUAAAAGGACCAAAUUCACCCUAUUCCACGAUUGCACGUUACGUCAUCGCGGCCAUGUUGGUGCCAUUUAACAAAAGAUUUCUUAUUAGCACCCAUUGUAAACGGCACCACAAUGCCCGCCRUGCUUUUGUCUUUUAACUCUCUUGGGAAUGCUUGCAGUCCAUCAAUAAUGUGACAAGAAAGGCGCUUACAUGCUUGGGCAACUUUCAAUUAGAAUUCACUUUUUCUACUUCGUCUCUCAAUAAUAUAUUUGUUAACUGAAGCAUUUGAUCUUCAUUCUUCAUUCAACCUGAUAUCGACGACAGUUAUAAUUAGAAAGGAUAGCGAUAGGAAACAUAUAGUUUAUGCUUCUCCAAGCAACUACUUAUCAAGAGUUAUAAUUAGAGCUGUGAAAAGCUCGCUGUCUGACGGCAGACCAAUUAUAUUGCACGAGACUUACUCUCACCUCCAUCCAAUCAAAUACCGGAUACACGGUAAGAACACUGUCAGGCAAAUCAUACUAAGGGCAUCAUAAAAUCAAGAAAAACCUUGGUAUGAAUAAUAGCCAUUCUGAGGUCAAGAAUAAACACUGAAUCCGACGAAGG